UAGUGUCCGGCCCGGCCCCCCCGUCCAGAAGUGCAUUCCAUGCGGGGCCCUCUGGGCGUCGAGGAGGGGGCCCCCACCAGCUUCUUUUGCCUGGAGCAAUCAGAUCCUGAUUUCUCCGCGGUUUAAAUGCUCAUUUUCUGUCUUGUGUACGUGUGGAACACAAACAGAGAAGGUCUGUGAGGCUCGAGCGUCAUACACCUAGUUUCAGUGCCUUUACUUUGCUUCAUUGUUCUACCUUUUCAUGUGUUGCAACAUAACAUGUUCAAUAACCAUCGGAGGGAACACUAAAGUAAAGGACAAAGAGCAUGACUGCUUUGAGGUAUCAAAUCAGUCUUCUAUCCUCAGCGAUUGCUUUGGUUUAAUUUCAAUACUUUUCCAUGAAGUGCAAAACCUUACUCUAUUUAAUCAAAGAUUAUCCAGACAUCCACAUUUUCUAACGCUGUGAUCUUUCCCACAAAUCUUCCUUUGUACAUUUCCACAUUGCGUCCUUAUUAUCAGCUACCAAAAAAGUUAAGGGAUUUCGGGGACCACAUUUUGCUUGUCAACUUUUAUCAUGCAUUGUUACGGUUAAAUGCGUUGUGUAGAAUGAAUUGUUUUAAUAGACGUGUCCAGAUUGCUCUGCGUGCUUUCCUCUGGGCCUCCUUCUCAGUCACCUAGCAGGCUCUAAGGUAAUCGAUGACUGGGAUUACCUUAGCUGACUGUAAACCUGGUCCUCUGAGCCUGUGUGAGGCUGGACUGUGGAAGAGGGUCGGGACCAACCUAAACAUCCCAUAUUUACAUGUUUUUAAACAUUUAAAUAGAACCUCAAAGGGUCACUUUGUUUCGUCAUGUGAUUCAAGUUAGUUUGGAUCACAAUAAGGAAACGUGAUGAUUGAUUGGCGAUGUGGAACUGUCUCCAUGUCUCCCUAUCCAAAGUGUCCGGGGUAGAUCUUCCAUACUUAAUUCCAUUAAACAUCUAUACUGUAAUACUUCUCUGUUCUGUAAUGUUGCUACAGAGUGUUUGAAUACAGCAUACCAUGUUUACUAGUGAACGAUUGCACUAUAGCUAUAUCUAUAUAGUAUAUCCAGAUAGUAGGGAGCGAAAUCCUUUAUUUGAAUAGGAAUAGUUCAUGUCUUGCAUUUAUUUCCACAUUGUUUAUCAUGACGUUGCUAUGAUGCAGACAUUUUCCAGCAGUGGGGAUGAACCACCAAGCGACCCCAGACUUUACACUGGACCUGCUAAAAUGGGUUCGGCGGACAAAAUAAAUGUACAACCAUUUAUUUUCUUAAUAUUUAAUAGUAUUAUUAUUUCUGAGGUACGUUUGAUUGUAUUCAUAUCUGAUCAUACGGAUGGAUUUUCUAUUUGGUUUUAUUCCUGGACAUUCUAGCUGAUACCUCCAUUGAGCCUCUGUGAGAAGUGUAGAGUUGGGAGAUAUCAAUCUGCUGCUACAGAGCGAUUCAUGCGCAUUUCACCUUCGCCUUUCUAGCCCAGCUUAACAGCAGGAUACAAAGUCAUCGUUGGACAUUUCAUCAAGUGUGAUUUACAUCUGGGCUAUAACUUGGUUAUUGUGUAUCAUAAUGUGAGAGUGAGAUGUUUAUGUGGGGGAAUAUAUUAUUUUUAAGUUUAAGUGAAUGAUUUAAAGGUGUUAAGGCCUCAUUCCUCACAAUAUCCAGAUCAAUUUAAAUUGUAUUUAAAAGCUUUGGUUAUCUUUGUUAACCAUGUGAUUACCAGCUACAAAGUUAAUUUAAAGUCGAUGAUUUAACAUUGGGAUUGCACAAACACUAACGCGGGUAGAUCAGGUGCAUGUCUUAGCUUUUCAUUUGCUCUUUUACAGGACCACCCUUUCUCUUCUAAUGCAAGUGACCUGACGAGAUUGAAUUGUGCUCCCUUUUGUAGUGAAUUGCCUGGUUUUCAGGCAGGCAACAGUUAGUCACUAUUUAAUAGCAUGUUUGUAAAGAUGGUGUGUACUCUGUAUUUUAUCAUUAUGAAACACAUUCACUUCUUUUGACAGGUUUGACCUUUUGGUUCUUAUAGUUUUUCUGUAUGCAAGAAUGUACUUUGUAUUCCUUGUCACACUUAGCGUUAGAACACAAUGCUGACCGUAAAUCACAAUAAAUUAAGGUGUUAUUGGAAUUAGGCUUUUAAUGCAAUAGACUAGGGAUGUGCAUGAUGGGAAUGCAAUAGCACCCAGAUAGUUUUUAUUUUCUUUCAUAAGUCAGUCAACCGAACAAUGAGUUGUUAUUGACCGUACUCUCAUUACCUAAUGUUGGCAUGGAUUAUUGUUCUUAUACGUAAUGGCGUUUAGAUGUAGAUUAGACUUAUAAAUUCAUAUAUCAGGAGUCUAUAAAAUACAAAGCUCUAGUCUGCAGUCCUGGGCAAUAGUCUUAUGCAACCAUAGCAUUCGUUUGAGGUAUGAGGGCUUUUAAAAUGUUUCUGAAGGUACAUCCCUCAGCUAUUCAUAAUCAAUAAUCAAGUGGAAUGGAGGCACGUUGUGUCAUUUUAAUAGUCCAAAUAUCUCAUGAUAUUGUCGCGGUGUAUAUUGUAAGGUUAACAUAGACACAACAUGAACUAUUAUGCAGCCAGACUGUACACAUUAGACGGUCGGUUUGUAUUGAGCAAACCGCAGCAGCAGGCUUAAGGCCCUUCAUCUUGGGUUUCGCCUCACAUUGGAUGCUUCCGCACAACCUGAUUUAAAAAGCCCUUGCAGCGGUCCAGGAGAUGUGACUGAGACGUGUCCAAACCAUUGUGGUAGAUGAAUGGCAGCAUGAUGGGAUCCUACUGCUGGAUGUCUGACCAGGCGUGUCUACAACAGAGGGCCUGACAGAAGCCUCGGGCUCAACACAAACUAUUAGGUUUCUGAAGAUUUUGAAAACAUAAUGUAAUGUUAUUUCUUUAGUGUUAGUUCUGAGUCUGUUGGAUACAUUUUUGUGUUUUUCUUCAAAUCCACCGCUUGGGGAAAGGGAGUUUUGAUCGCACCUUAUCGAAUUUCUCUCUUUUUUUAAUAGUUUUAUCAGCAAGUUUGGCAUACAAGCUAUGGGUUUAAAGUUAUGUAAAAAAUUAAAAUAAGCAUUAUAUAAAGUGAAACUGGAGAUCUCUUGCUGUCUUUAUCUGUUUAUGUAGUCAGUAUUAAGGGGUAUGGGCAUACUGCCUCUUAUAUUUAUGGAAUGGUAUUACGAUGAGGUUGAUUAUUGCAAUCAAUCUAAACUGUUUUUAAUUGUUAUAAAGUUAAUUAUUAUGUGGUAACUUCGUACAAUAAAAACGAGAGUCUGCCGGUCAUUCAAAACAUGUUUAGGUUUCCUACUAGUGGUGGAAUUUAUGACUUGCAGACUGUGUUUUCACAUGGAAUCGGAAGAUUGAUAGGAGACACAUAGCCGAAAUCUUUUCCACUGAUUUGGUUAAGGAUGUCUACAGCCGGUUCGGAAACCAAUGCCGUGAUUGAUGUUUCAAUGACUGAGGAUUUUCUUGACAUCUGCCUAACAAUAUAGCGCUGCAGCGCUCCAGACAGAGCGGAGCCGCGGACGGGGAGACGCUCCCGUGGCGCAGCACGACCACCAUGGAAAUACCCAAAUGAUAUCCUUUAAUAUUACUAGGAAACACAUGGACUAGAGCACUGAGAGAGGAGGGCACCGUUGGUCCAAUCAGAACAGAGGGACAGCAGGAGAGUCGAGGAGAAGUUGCAUGAGGACGCAUCCUUACUUUUUCCUUUAUUUUUAUUUUUUUGUCCUCUCGCCGAGGGUAUUGUGUUUAGUAGGACACACCCCGGCCCUCUGAAGCUCAUCCCUCUGCGUCCCAAAUUGCCCUCCCCCCUCCUCCCGCACACACACUCCCCUCCCUGUGCAGGCUGGUACCCGGCCCUCCAGCCUGCUGCGGGCCCUUCCUGAGCGGCGGCAGCUGCGUCCUGCUUGCUGCCUCCCGUCCCUCCCCGGGCUUCCUGGCCUUGGUCAGACCAGAGGCUAGAGACCCUGCUACGUUACCCCAUGCCCCGCCCCCCCCCCGGACCCACCCACCUGGCCCGUCGUCUCCGCGGGGCCCUCUGAUACACGCACGCACAUUUCCCCGAAUCGACUGCUGAAGGCUCUCUGACUGUAGUCUGACGGGCGUCACCUUGGUGCUACAUACCUGGACCCGCCACAAGGCCGCAUCAAUCGGGCCCGCUAGCCCGGUCUCCCCGCUGCCCCACCCGCCCCGCACCACCCGCCCCCCUGGAGCCCGCCGGCAUGACCACGAUGUCCAGCCUGUUCUCCUUCACCAGCCCGGCAGUCAAACGGCUGCUGGGCUGGAAGCAGGGCGACGAGGAGGAGAAGUGGGCCGAGAAGGCGGUGGACGCGCUGGUGAAGAAGCUGAAGAAGAAGAAGGGCGCCAUGGAGGACCUGGAGAAGGCCCUGAGCAGCCCCGGGCAGCCCAGCAAGUGUGUCACCAUCCCGCGCUCGCUGGACGGCCGGCUUCAGGUGUCCCACCGGAAGGGGCUCCCCCACGUCAUCUACUGCCGUGUGUGGCGCUGGCCCGACCUGCAGUCCCACCACGAGCUCAAGCCGCUGGAGGUGUGCGAGUUCCCGUUUGGCUCCAAACAGAAGGAGGUCUGCAUCAACCCCUACCACUACAAGAGGGUGGAGAGUCCUGUGCUUCCCCCGGUGCUGGUGCCGCGCCACAGCGAGUUCAACCCGCAGCACAGCCUCCUGGUGCAGUUCCGCAACCUCACCCACAACGAGCCGCACAUGCCCCUGAACGCCACCUUCCCAGAGUCCUUCCAGCAGCCGCACAGCGCCGGCAGCAGCGGCGGGGGAGGGGGGUCCUUCCCCGUCUCCCCCAACUCCCCCUACCCGUCGUCUCCGGCCGGCAGCGGAACCUACCCCAACUCCCCCGCCAGCUCGGGCCCUUCCAGUCCAUUCCAGCUGCCUGCCGACACCCCGCCCCCAGCCUACAUGCCUCCUGAUGAGCAGAUGGGCCCAGACAGCCAGUCCAUGGAGACCAGCAGCACCACCACCGUGGUGCCUCUGAACAUGCCCAGAGGAGACGUACAGCCGGUGGAGUACGAGGAACCCAGCCACUGGUGCUCCAUCGUCUACUACGAGCUCAACAACCGCGUGGGCGAGGCCUACCACGCCUCCUCCACCAGCGUGCUGGUGGACGGCUUCACCGACCCCUCGAACAACAAGAACCGCUUCUGCCUCGGCCUGUUGUCCAACGUCAACCGCAACUCCACCAUCGAGAACACCCGCCGGCACAUCGGCAAAGGUGUGCACCUGUACUACGUCGGGGGAGAGGUGUACGCCGAGUGCCUCAGCGACACCAGCAUCUUCGUCCAGAGCCGCAACUGCAACUACCACCACGGCUUCCACACCACCACCGUGUGCAAGAUCCCCAGCGGCUGCAGCCUCAAGAUCUUCAACAACCAGGAGUUCGCCCAGCUGCUGGCCCAGUCGGUCAACCACGGCUUCGAGGCCGUCUAUGAGCUCACCAAGAUGUGCACCAUCCGGAUGAGCUUCGUCAAGGGCUGGGGAGCGGAGUACCACCGUCAGGAUGUCACUAGCACCCCCUGCUGGAUUGAGGUGCACCUGCACGGGCCCCUGCAGUGGCUGGACAAGGUGCUGACACAAAUGGGUUCGCCUCUGAACCCCAUCUCCUCUGUGUCCUAAUCGGGGUCCCUGGGGAGCCCGGGGGUUCCUUUUCACUUUUUUUUAACAGUUAUUUUUAAGUGUUUUUGGUGAUUCAUAAUUUAAGGUAUAUAAAGGACAAUAUUGGUGCUGUUCUGACCCAUCGCCAUCACCACCUAUUUUCUGUGCCUUAAAAUGUUUGAGGACACGGUGUACUUUCUCCGUCAGCCUACCCAGUAGCAGGACAAAUACUUGAUGUUUAAAACAAACAACAAUAAUUGAACAAAAAAAAAUCCAAUACCAAACCUACCAAUAGAUUCACAUUUAAUCUCAUCUUUUGUGUUUUUAUCAAUUGAAAUAAAUAAUAUGGCAAAUCUGGACUAAUAUUUCACCACACUACAUAUGAAUGCGUUUUAAAAAGAUGGGUGUAAAGGUUUUAAACCAUGCGCUGUGUACAGCUAGUUGAAACACCUUGUUUUAACAUGGUGGGACGUGGCAAUGAGUCAAAAUGAUACUGGUGUAGUCUUUUUGUUUUUUAACGGCUGAACUGUUUACACUUACUGUGGGAGGGAAUCUUAAGUCUGGCUAGAGAAGCAGCAGCAGCAGCCGCCUGGAUCCGGUUGUUUUGAUAAAGCGAGUAUCGCUGCAGGGGAGCGAGAGAAGCCUCCUCUGCAGACAAAGGAAGGGCCUGAGUAGCAGCAAUGACAUGGACAUGGACACACUACUGCUCGAAGACACUACCGACCAACAGCCCAACUUCAGGGCCCAGCUCCCGGCCUGUGUCCGACCACGGUGCAGUUUUUACUGUUUUUUUUUUCUCUCCCACAAAUGAUUUCUGUUUAGUUUUUAAAAGACAGUUUAUUCUUCUCCCUAUUAGGCAUCAAUGGAACUUUACAGCACACUUUCAUUUUCCAUACAUUGUCUAAAAGUCUGAUAUGGACAUGUGAUUUAUAGAAAUAAUUGUUUCCUACUAGACUCGGAUUUCCCAAAUGCUUUCUUUUUUAUAGUCUACUGCUAGAAACAGAGGGACGGCCUUUUCAAUAAAGUAUGUUUGGCACCUGACAGUCUUUGAUAUGGGAGAACCAUGGCUGAGCAUGUUGUAACAUGCCAUGAGCUAAUAAACUGAUGAAUGUUACAUCUAUUGCAAUAGAAGUAGUCUUUUGUGAUAUAAUGGAAAUGACUUGCCAAGUCUCUUUGUACUUUCAUGUUCAAGUGAAUGAGUGACUGUACUUUCAUACUCACUGUAUUAACAAGAUUGUGUAUUUGUGGACUUUAUUUAAUUUCUCUUGUGAAGGCAUACAAAAUGUAGGUGUGGGUACAACAGCAUAACAGACUUCAUUAGCACAAUAAAAUAAACAGGUUAUUUGUUAUCGAUGACAAUUUGUUCCUGUAAUUAUUUUUUUACUUUGUUUUGUUUUGCUUAGUUUUAGAAAGUAUAUUGGAGUCUAUAUAGGAUAGAUCACAAACAGUUUUUAUGAAUUGUGUUGAAUGCCAGAUAUUUAUCACCAUUUGGUUACUUGGAAAAUAAGUAAUUCUAUACCUUUUGAACCUCAUGGUAAUGGUAGUAAGAUUCACAUACUGACUGGAAGUUUGGCAUAUUAACCUCCAUCAAGACAAUGUGUAGAGCCAAACCUGUCUCUGUUAGUCAAUGCUUCACCCAGUACAUAAUGAUGUAUACCUAGAAGUUAAGUAUUGCUGGCAUAUGAGGAAACUUAUGACUCGUACGAUAUUUAAUACUUUUCCUAGUUAUUGCAAAAGGCUAAAUUUCCCAUUACAGAUUUGUGUUACAAGCUUAAUUUUUCAUAUGCUUUCUUGGUUUUCAUUUUUCAAAAUUGGUUUAAUUAAAUUAACUAAGAAUUACUCUUAACAAUGCCCCAACUAAGCAUAAUAAAUUGCCCUUCUAUGCAAUCUUAGCGUGAGCCUAAUGACGCAACCAUGCCGCCUAUCGCUGCAAUCCCCGACAUGCGAUUAUCUGUAUUUUUUCCGUUUAUAUUGCGUAAGUAUAUAAAAAAAAAUUAACUCAUAAUCGCAUCUGUCUAUGUUUCAUACUGUUAUCAAUAGACGAUCGUCUUUUUUUUUUUAUCAUUCUAGUAUUGCUCUGAAACCAUUGCCCAAUGGGCGGCUACUAUCACAGGGGGAAAAAAAAU